AACACUUUGUAUCGAGCUGUGUGUUACGAGCUCAAUAGCACCACGUUUUGCUUUUUUUUUUCCCUCCACAGAGAAGAAUUGAGUGUUAUGGCGCCGACAGAGCUCAAAACGAAGACUAAUAAGUUUUCAGACGAAGACGCCAAGUGGAAGAAAUCCAGAAAUCGAACAGACUGCGUUAAAAAGAAGAGAAAAUGGAUUCCUGAGCAGAAGGUUUUCAAAGGCAGCGUCAAGGAGGGUCAAGGCUUUGCAUUCAAGAGGAAGCAGAAAGUUAAACAUGAGUACAACAAGCUGCUGCGGAAGGAGAAGAAGAGGAACCCAGAGUCCAAAAGGCUUUACCGAGACGAGUACCCAGAACACCUCAAACACCUGUACACGGCUGAGGCAGAGAAGCUGAAGAACGAGGCCUGGGCGAACAGAGUAAAUCGAAGUAAAAUGAGAGUGAAAGUGGAGGAGGAGGAGGGAGAUAAGGCGACUGCACGACAAAGUGAAGUCGGUGAUCCAGACUCAGGAAAUACUGCUGAUUUCGUCACACCAGCAGCCACUCAGUCAGAACGUCUUCCAGUAAGCAACCGCAUGAAGAGGAAAAUGCAGAAGACGUCCUACCAGAAGACAAAAGAAGAACUUGAGAGAAUCAGAGAAAAACGGCAGCGAAAGAAAGAAGAGUACCUGAAGAACAAGCAGCAGAGAGAGGAGGCCAUUCAGAGGUACAAACAGAAAAAGAUGGCGACGUAUCAGAUGCUGAAGAAAAAGACCAGGAAAGGACAACCUAAUCUUAACCUUCAAAUGGAACAUCUGCUUCAGAAGAUCCAGAAAACAGACAAAUGAUGAACUGAAUGAAACACAUCAGGACUUUCUCAAACCAGUAUAUUGCUGAUCAACAUCUUCACCUAUGCAGUGGAAACUGAAUCUUUGAAUUCAUUUUCCUAUCGGACCACAAGAUGGCACUGUAACAUCUGGCAAAGGCACCAAAUACUCAAGGACAGUUGGUUAUGUUUUGUUUAUCAAUAAAUGUAUAAUUGAAAUGAGAGUA